UCAGAUACGUUUCGGCUGGCGAAAGGGAAAGUUCGAACUGCGGACGCGUCGCCGGAAAAUCGCUCGCUUUUCCGGCUGUUUUUCCGAGUUUUGCGGGCUGCAUGUGAACGCACCGUCGGUACGUGUUUAUCCGCCUUUGAAAUGUGUGUUUGUGGCGCUAAAUAUUUGCGUAGUGCUAACGAGUUGUGCGUCGACGGUCAACUAGCUUUUCUGUUUGCUCGCGGCACUGGCGUAUAUAUUUGCAUACUUUUUGGCGCCAGUUGAAAAAGUCCAAAAUAGAAAAGUGAAAUUGCGAAUCCGUCCAAAAGCAUUAAUGUGGCAUGAAAACUUGAUGCCAACUGACAGCUACAUGAAUUGCUACUUAGGCCUAAGUGCGAGUGAAAGGUCAAUGCUAAUUGACACUGACGCGGCAAAUAAGUUGGGAAUUUCUCGAUAAUUGGGAAUUCAAUUACCUACUCUCGUAACAUUUUGAUCGCUUGGUAAUUGUCGUUGAAGAAAACGAGAGAAACUUGUGCAAAAACUUGGAAACUUCGCAAGUGCAGCGGCACAUUUAAAUAUCUGAUUAGAUUAAUCUUUAAGUCUUUGGUUGCUUAAGCGCAUUUUAAAUUGUUUAAAUUGAUAAAUUCAAAGUUGGUAAAAUAUUUUUUAAUUGAUUCAAAGUCCAUCAAAGCCUAAUUAAAAGAAAGCCCAUAUUUACCUCUAACUUUUUUUAUUAAACAAUUAUUAAGCUGACUAUAAACUAAAAGAUCCUUUAGAAUCCUUGUUAGAAUCUGUAUAAGCUUGCAUUGUUUCAACUAGACUUCCCUUUACGAAUUGAGUCUUUGGUUGCUGGCUGAUUGCCAGCAUCUUCAGCUCGCUUAAAUAUUAAUUGAGCCCUCGUUCGACCAGCGUAUUAUGAGUGGAGAAUGAGGCAAGUGACACGCGCAUCGUCGGGUCAAAGUCAGGCCCUCCUUUCAUGCCUCAUUAUCGCCGUGUGCGCCGCAUUAAUAAUUCAAGCUGGGCAAAUCCAGGGUGCGAAAGCUCAGCCGGGACGCGAACCCGGCGAGGUGAAUUCGCCCGGUAACGGUGCGUAUGAAAUCAGUACUACUGACACAGAGAGGCGAUUGCGCAAAGUAAUUUGGAAAUGCGUUCCCACAGGAAAUGGGACCACUGGCCACCGCGUGCCGCGCAGUGUGUUCCACGUGCGGUGGAAUCCCAACGAGAAGUUCAUCGUGGAGAGUCGCGAGAACCCGGCCAUCAACUCCUCCAAGCUGGCUCCGCAUCCCCGACUCAAGGUCUCCAAGAACACCAAGCUCACGCUGAGCCCCAAGCUGUAUCUCUGCCACGACAAGCACUCGGAGCUGUGCCACAACAAGACCCAGCAGUUCCGCCAGCGCAUUGUCCGGGCCUUCGAGAAGGCCAUGGUGGAGUCGGUAAACGAGUCGCAGGCGAACCACUACAACGUGGACUACAAGCCCGUCUUCGGGGACAGCUUCGAGGAGCAGUACUACCCCUCGACCUGCCUGGUCAUGGAGGCGGGCGUGCGGGUCCUGCGCCGCAAGGACGCGCCCUUCAACAAGCUGCCCUUCGGCCGACUCUUCCCGCGCCAGAAGCUCUUCCGCAACGUCAAGGACAUCAAGACCUGUGCCAUCGUCUCCAGCGCGGGAUCCUUGGCUGGCUCCAAGUUAGGCCGCUUCAUCGACACGCACGACAUUGUGAUGAGAUUCAAUCAUGCGCCCACGCAAGGACACGAGGUGGAUGUUGGCAGCAAAACCACGAUCCGUGUGGUGAAUUCGCAAGUGGUCACCAAGCCGGAAUUCGACUUCACCCGGGCCCCCAUCUUCCGGAACGUCACGAUCGCCGCCUGGGAUCCGGGCAAGUACAAUGGCACGCUGGAGGAUUGGCUCACCAGCGCUGACUACGACCUCUUCACCAACUACGAGCUGUACAGGCGGCGCUAUCCCAAGUCGCGCGCCUUCCUCAUCGAUCCCCACUCCGUGUGGCGCCUGUGGCAGAGUCUGCAGAUGUUUGCCGGAAACCGGCCGAUAAGCAGGAACCCCCCCAGUUCCGGUUUCAUAGGACUGGCCCUGCUCCUGCCGCACUGUCCCCAGGUGGACUUCGUGGAGUACGUGCCGUCCACACGACUCAAUGGACGCUGUCACUACUACAGCAAAGAGAUGAAUUCCGCCUGCACAUUCGGCUCCUGGCAUCCGCUGGCCGCCGAGAAGCUGAUGGCCCUGGACAUGAACAUGGCGGAGGACGACGACAUGUCGGUCUUCCAGUUCGGCAUCCUGCGGAUACGCAGGCCGGACAAGCUGCUCUGCGGCUUCAACUUCUUUGGCUACUGAGGAGGAGCGCGAUUCCCAGUUGCCAGUUCGCAGUUUGCAGGCGGAAGUGGCAGUGACAAUCCAGGUGCAUUUAAUCAAGUGGUUUUCAUCGAGUGCAAUAAACAAUUCAACUUUGCAAUGAA